GAUAGUCGAGUGACCAAUUGAACUACAUGUCCGAAAGAUGGAAGGCAGACGGUAGGAGGCGAGAUCAGGUGGACCCUUUCUAGCCAAUGAGAGGACAGAUACGUGUGAAUGGGCUCAACUGAAAGUCGUCCUCCCCCAAAGUUGCCACUUGAGUCCACUUAUAUCGGUGCAUUCGUAACAACCUAACCAUUACGAAACAUAUUUUAUCAAAUAUGCUUCAAGUAGCAAAUUAUAACUGAUUUGUAUUCGACCUCUACAGAAAAAUUAAUCGUCUUAUUUUCGUGGACAGAUUUUGGUCGCAGUAAACCCUCUCGCCUCUUCCUCUCUGAGAUGACUAACGUUAAACUAAAUCCACCGACUCACGUUCCUCAAAACUCCGCCCUCGCAUUUAUGUCAAGAAACAUUUCACUCAAGAGUCGUCACAGCUUCAAUAAACACCGAGGAGUUUAGACAAUUCAAGGGAAGCGUUCAGGAGUUUACCUGUGUUGGUGCGAAACAUGUUAGACCCAUCCUCCAGCGAAGACUCGGGGGGAGAAAUUAGCGAGGACACUCAAGUUCCAAAAGACCCCCCGACUUCCUCGGGUCAAGGAGGUAAACAUAAGAAACGACCACCUGCGGACCAAGCACAAGCCGAAAAGUCUCCUGUCGAAGACCAGGUGAAAAAUGAACAGGAAAUACUUCAGAAAGAGGAAGCGGAGAGGAAAAGCAAACUACAGAUGUAUGUAUUUGUGUUGAGAUGUAUAGCGUACCCGUUCAAUGCCAAACAACCCACGGAUAUGGCACGCAGGCAACAAAAGCUGAAUAAGCAGCAGCUGCAGGCGGUAAAGGAUAAUUUCCAGGCCUUCCUGAACGGGGACACACAGAUGGUGGCGGACGAGGCCUUCUGCAACGCCGUGCGCAGCUACUAUGAGGGCUUCCUGAAGAGCGAGCGGGUGUCCAGGAUGGUGCAGAGCGGCGGCUUCUCAGCCUGCGACUUCCGUGACGUCUUCAAAAAGAACAUUGAGCGGCGGGUGCGCAGCUUGCCCAAAAUCGAUGGCCUGAGCAAAGAGACAGUGCUGAGCUCCUGGAUCGCCAAGUAUGACACCAUCUACAGGGGGGAUGAGGAAAUGCGGCGCCAGCCCCAGAGGAUGCACCUCAGUGCCGUGUCCGAGAUGAUCCUCAGCAAGGAGCAACUGUACGAGAUGUUCCAGCAGAUUCUGGGCAUCAAGAAGUUUGAGCACCAGCUGCUGUACAACGCCUGUCAGCUGGACAAUGUGGACGAACAGGCAGCCCAGAUCCGCCGGGAGCUGGAUGGAAGACUACAGCUUGCAGAGACGAUAGCCAGGGAGAGGAAUUACCCCAAGUUUGUGUCUAAAGACAUGGAGGCCAUGUACAUCGAGGAGAUGCGCUCGUCUGUCAAUCUGCUCAUGGCUAACCUGGAGAGCCUACCUGUGUCCAAGGGAGGCCCCAACUUCAAACAGAAGCUAAAACGCUCCUCCAUGAACAACUCCUUCCUGGACAUGGGCGACGAGACAGAAUUCCUUUCCAAGUCCGACGUGGUCCUCUCCUUUGCACUGGAGAUAGUGAUAGUGGAGGUGCAGGGCCUGAAGUCGGUGGCUCCUAACAGGAUUGUGUACUGCACCAUGGAGGUGGAGGGAGGAGAGAAACUGCAGACAGACCAGGCAGAAGCCUCCAGACCACAGUGGGGCACUCAGGGCGACUUCACUACGACGCACCCGUUACCCAUGGUCAAAGUGAAGCUGUUUACAGAGAGCACGGGGGUACUUGCCCUUGAAGACAAGGAGCUGGGGAGGGUGAUCCUGAACCCAACUACCAACGGACCCAAGCAGGCUGAGCUCCACAAGAUGGUGGUGUCCAAGAACAGUCAGGACGCAGAGCUAAAGAUCCAACUAGCUGUCCGCAUGGACAAACCCCCCAACAUGAAGCACAGCGGGUACCUUUAUGCAUUGGGACAGAGAGUUUGGAAACGUUGGAAAAUGAGAUAUUUCGUUCUUGUCCAGGUCAGCCAAUACACCUUUGCAAUGUGCAGCUAUAGAGAGAGGAAGUCUGAGCCCCAUGAACUGAUGCAACUAGAAGGUUACACUGUGGACUACUCCGACCCCCAGCCUGGUACACACACACACACAGGUCUCCAGGGUGGUCGAGUGUUCUUCAAUGCGGUCAAGGAGGGUGACCUGGUCGUGUUUGCCAAUGAUGACGAGCAGGACCGGAUGCUGUGGGUUCAGGCCAUGUACCGUGCUACAGGCCAAUCAUACAAACCAAUUCCACCCACCCAGAACUGCAGAGCAGGGAACUCCCAGCCAUUCGCACCAAUCUCACUGCUCAGUCUGGAUUGCUCUCAGAGGCAGGGGGUAGAGGAGCUGAUCUCUGCGGUGCCCUGUCGGUUCGACCACGCCGCCCUGUUCCCUUUUCUGCAGAAGCAGACACUACAGCACCGGAUGAAUGACUCCUUCUCCUGCCUGGGAUGGUUCAGUCCAGGUCAGGUGUUUGUGCUGGAUGAGUACUGCGCCCGCUACGGUGUGAGGGGCUGCCACCGCCACCUCAGCUACCUCCAGGACCUGAUGGAGUACUCUGGGAACAACGUCCUGGUCGACCCCACCCUACUGCAUUACAGCUAUGCUUUCUGCGCCUCCCACAUUCAUGGCAACAGGCCGGACGGAAUGGGCACAGUGACUGAGGAAGAGAGAGAACAGUUUGAGGACAUAAGAGGCCGUCUCCUGAGUCUAUUGGACAACCAGAUCAUCCAUUUUAGGUACUGUUUCCCCUUUGGACGACCAGACGGGGCCCUCAAAGCGACACUCUCCCUACUAGAAAGGGUUUUGAUGAAGGACAUCACCACACCGGUUCCUCCUGAUGAGAUGAGGAAAGUAGUCCAGAAAUGUUUGGAGAAAGCUGCCCUUGUCAACUACUCCCAGCUGACCAAACACGCUCAGAUCGAGGCUGAUGCUCAAGCUGCCACGGAGAAGAGGUUGGAGGACAUGAUGCGACUGGGAGAACUUUGUAUUGAGGUCCUGCAGCAGAAUGAUGAGCACCAUUCAGAGGCCAUUUCAUGGUGGCCGGAGAUGAUGGCGGAGCACGCAGAAACGUUCAUGUCUCUCUACACCGUCGACAUAGAUGGUGCUCUGCAAGUCCAGCCGGUUGACUCAUGGGAUAGCUUCCCCUUAUUCCAGCUGCUUAACAACUUCCUGCGAUGUGACCCUCACCUGUGCAAUGGCAUGUUCCACAAGCACCUGCAGGACCUGUUCAUCCCGCUGGUGGUGCGCUACAUAGACCUUAUGGAGUCAUCCAUCGCCCAGUCCAUCCACCGUGGCUUCGAGCAGGAAACCUGGCAGUCCGUCAAGACAAUUGCCAACAACCUACCGAGCGUGCCUCUGCCCAAAGUGCGUCUCCCACAGAUGCCCAGGUUCUCAGCACCCUCCUGGAUGGGCCCGCUGUGUGUCAGCACUAACGGCUCGGAGACCUCCGAGGACCUCUUCUGGAAGUUGGACGCCCUCCAGAUGUUUGUCCUGGACCUGCACUGGCCCGAGCCUGAGUUUGCUAAACAUCUGGAGCAGAGGCUGAAGCUCAUGGCCAGCAACAUGAUGGAGGCCUGUGUCAAAAGAACGAAAGCGGCUUUCGACUCCAAGAUGCAGAAGGCCAGCAAGUCAACAGACUUCCGGGUGCCGUUGUCGGUAUGCACCAUGUUCAAUGUGCUCAUUGAAGCCAAGAAGCAGUGCUCCAAACUCUGUGUGCUGGACUCCGGUCUAGAGCAACAGUACCAUUCGAAAAUCGACGACCUGAUCGAUGACACGUUUAAAGACAUGAUUUCCUCCCUGGUCUCAAAGUUUGCUGAACCUCUAGACGCCGUUCUCUCCAAGCUCUCCAGAUAUGACGAAGGGACGUUAUUUUCUUCGAUCUUCUCUUUCACGGUGAAAGCGGCUGCCAAGUAUGUGGAUGUGCCAAAGCCAGGGAUGGACCUGGCUGAUACCUACAUAACGUUUGUGCGGCAGAACCAGGACAUCCUGCGAGACCGCGUCAAUGAGGAGAUGUACAUCGAGAAGCUGUUUGACCAAUGGUACACCAGCUCCAUGAAGGCUCUGUGUGUGUGGCUGACAGACAGACUGAACUUGCAGCUUCACAUGUACCAGCUGAAAACACUCAUCAAGAUUGUCAAGAAGACAUACCGAGACUUCCGGCUCCAAGGAGUUCUGGAUGGGACCCUGAACAACAAAAGCUAUGAGACCGUCUACAACCGACUCACCACGGAGGAGACUACCGUGGCGGUCAAGGCUGGCGACGGUCUCCAAGGUAUCACCAUGAGAGACAGUGACGAGGAGGACGGAUGAACUUUGGGAAGUGUGUGCUUGUGUGGAAGGGAUGGAGAUUGUGUGUGUGAGACAGAAUGAUAUGGAGGGGUUGGAGAACACACACUAAACUGUGUGAUGAAUUCAUCCAUCCUUGUGUACCCCCUCUCUCUCUCACCAAUCCCUAGUACAAUAGUGGGUACCUUCCCAGCCAUAAUGACAUGAUGUUAUUUUGUACAGUACAGCUCAGUGGUCACCAACUGGUAACCUUCAGGGCAGUACCCCUUUGUUUAUUUAUUUAAUUUGUUUGUUUGUUUGUUAGUUUGUUUUUACUUUAUUUUAAUGGUGAUGUAGACCAAGAAAAAUGCAAGUUGUUCUCUUAAUGCAGACCUUAAUGCUCAAAUCAGUUUUGUUUUUUCAAAUCCGUUUUGGAAUAGUGACUGUCCAAACAGCAGGUUACAAGUGACCAAAUCGGAUUUUGCUGAUUUUGCUGACAAAGCAGUCUUUGCUGACAUGGCUACGCUAGUUGUCAUAGUAACGACUGUUGUGUGUGCAGUGGUGAUGGCUGAUUGGUGGUGGUGCUCAUGCUUCCUCUCACUCAGAAGAUAUGUACUGUAGCAAGCUAAGGUGACAAAAACUGUAGCUAUGCUUCCAUUAACUUGUCCAGUGAUUUUGUGUCAACAUUUAGAAAGUUUGCAUAGAAAAUAGAUGCAGCAAUUGCCGGCUAGGGUGUGUUUCCAUUGAACAACCUUGUGUCGAUAAAAACAGCUGGACAUAAUGUCUCACCCCAACAAAAACACAAAAACCUACAGUGUCAAAUUAAAAUGGAGUGGCUGAAGUCUUUCCAUUACCCAUUUAGGCAAAUUGCACAUUAAUACAUUGGUGACAACCUGUGUGCCAUCCCACCUACCCGUUUCAUGUCUCGGGUAGCCUUCGAAAGCCAGCAAGAAUGCAAUAAUUGAGUAGGCAUUUAUAAUUAACUGUUGUGGAGCUUUAUAGCUAUGUGAUGACAUCAUGUACCUUAAAAAAUAUUCUGCAAUCAGAAUUUAUUAGAAAACCCCUGUUUCCAUUUUAAUUUGUCACAAUAAAGAAAGUUCGACCAAAAGAAAAAUCCACCAGUCAAACGAAUACAAAUGUUGUCCAUCUUUAGAAAAGGUCUCCUAUAUCUGCCAUUACACAUGUCGCAAUGAUUUUUUGUUGACAUUGCUUUCCAAUAAACCUGGGUCAAUGGAAACCUGCCUAGUGCCUGUCAUGAACAUUUCCCAAUUGCAUUGAAUGUUCAAAAUCAUAGUAUACAUAGACUUUUAAGCCUCAAAGGAUAAGAUGACCCAACUUUCAAAAUUAGCCCUUUUGGCUAGCCACAACAUUCAACAAGCUAGCUAGCUGUUUAGCUUACUAGCAUACUCACUAAUUUGUUUGUACAUGACUAACAUGCUAGCUAGCUACCACAUGUUCUUGUCAAACUGUCAACAGAGUAGCUUACAAGCAACGAGUUAUGCCACUCGUGGGCAAAUAAAUCAGUCACAUUGUCAGGAAUCCGAUUUGUAUCUGAUUUCAAAAAACACCUACAAAUGUGGUUUGAACUGUGGCUUGAAAUAUCUGAUUCGAUGUGGUUGUUGACUGUUCAGAAUGUAGAAAAGAAAUCGGAUUCAAAUCGGAUAUGCAAACCACUAGAAUUUGAGUCACUUCAAACUGCCAGUGUGAACAAGGCUUUAUGGUUACCUAGAUAUAGCCAUGCCAAUUCAAACAGGUUUUUAAAAAAAAAGUGCAUUAAAAAGUGCAUUAUGAGGACAUUGGGGUUGUUCUUACAUAAGUACCCUGAAAGACAGUCGAUACAGGCAGUAUCCAUAUGUUUAUGCUGCACUGUAUGAAUGGGAAUGUAUACCUGUAGGUUAAAGUGUCACAUUGUCAUGGCAUGUAUGUAGGCUAUGCUUGAAUGUGUUUUCCUCUACAAGAGUUACCAGAUGACUAUGAAUUCAAAGCUGUGUUAAAUAGGUCUGAUGGAUUGUGUGCAUCAUGUUUGGAAUCUGAAUUGCCGUCUUAACUGUAAUACUGCAAUGAAUUAUAUGAAAUACAUUUCCAUUGUCUUCUGUGCACCUGUUUUUGUUAAGGUGUGUUCUAAGUGUUAGAAUUAGUGUUUUUAAUGCAACCAUGGUGUCCUUAUUGACUAAAUUACUCCAUAAAUUAUAUUAACAGCACGAUCUGCAACGACGAACCCUUUGAUUGGUAAGGUGAUGGAUGGAGCUAUACGUUAUUACAUUUUUCGUUUUUAAGGAGCGAUGCAUAUUGUUUUAUAAAAACUGCUAUUUAAAACCAAACACAACAAAAACAUAAACAAUUGAGUAUUACAAAAUAUCAAGCUAAUAGGCAUUUUUAUAAGUUAGAUUUUUUUCAAGAAUCAUAUAUCAUUACCAUAACUAAUAUACCAAUUAUGACUAUCUUACAAAUUGUGGCAACCUAUUUGCCAACCUAUUCCAACAGUUUAUAGUUUUGUUAGAAGCCUAGCUGAAAAGUCUCCAUCACGACAUCAACAUUGACAGUCACGUGUUGAAAUACACCUAGCCUAACGGCCAUUUCCUUUGAUUUGUAUUCAUCUCAAAAAGUACUAAAUUGCAGAAAUUGUCAUUUUCUUGAGACAUGACAACCUCGUUUCAACUAAUCAUCUUGUUCAAUGUUAUCAUGAGCAGACUUUUUCCUCCCCAUUCACUGACCUGUGUAAAAUGAAAGAAUCAAUAUUCUGAAUUGGUUUAAUUUUCCUCCAAAUGGGACGAAUACAGUUCUGUGGUCAAAUUCAAGAGUUUGGUUCCAAAGCGCUAUAUCCACCAAUUUUGUUCACCAGAAACGAUUGCUUAUGGUUACCUUCGUGUGUGUUUGUAAAAUAUUACUGUUCUCAGAUUUGUAAUUCAUUGAUUUUAUGUUUAUUAUUAUUUAAAUGUUUUGCUAAAUGCUAUGUAUCCAUUGUUUAGCUGGAAUGGAAUGUUCGUAUAGUAUAUUGCCUGUGAUAUGUGGUUGUCUCACGCUAUCUUAAGAUGAAUGCACAACUGUAAGUUGCUCUGGGUAAGAGACUGCUAAAUGAAUAAAAUAUCAAAUGUAAAUAUUUUACAUGCAGAUCUCAUAUUACUCUAUGGAUUAAUUUUUUUGAAACUUGAAAAAAUAUAUUGUUGUCACAAAUGUA